AUGAUUGGCAAGGAAGGUUUGAGAACUGAGGUGUUGAACAUGAGUUUUGAGAAGCUUAUGAUGGUUGGUGUUGGUGAAAGUAGUGAGAAAGGAGUGAACUUGAAAGCUGGGGUGAUCACGGAAUGGAAGGAUAUUCCAGUGGAGCUCUUGCUGCAAAUUUUGUCACUUGUGGAUGAUCAAACGGUGAUCAUAGCUUCUGAAGUUUGUCGUGGGUGGAGAGAGGCAAUUUGCUUUGGUCUUACCCGUCAGAUAAACAGGCCUCUUGUGGAGGAUCUUGUUCUGUGGAGUGGUUUAAAUCACAACUAG